UUUACCGAACUGGCACAAUUACACAACGACGCUUGAAUACAGCCAACACAGGAAGCUUUAUCAUUUUGUCAUAGAACACAUAAGAUCUUUUGAUCUUUCGGUUAAAUAUUCACUACUCAUUAUCUGGCAAGCUGUCGUGUCUUAUAGAUUAUAACAUUGGUCAUCAUUUGAACUAUUGUGAAUUGUUACAACGCUAAAAAAAUAAUUAAAAUCAUAAACAUAUACAGACAUUUUCUUGAAAUCACUAUGUCAUAAUGAGAUGCCCAUUGCCGGUAAGCGGCUACAUUUUGUGAUGUAUUAUUUUUCUUGAAAUUACAUUUUCGGUCGAGUUGAGGAGUGUCUCUGAAUUAUUACAUUUCGAAAUUUCGAAAUUACAUCGGAUAUGUCCUAACAUUUGCGGAUCAUAAUUCAUCAUGUUUAUAUAUAACCGAGUUUCACAUCGAUUGUCAUUCAGAACUACAACCACUCAUCCUUGCUCUUGCUGUCAUCGGGAAAAUGGGGGCAUCUGGUGCCUUUGGGUCCAUUUAUGUCAUUUCUGGGGAGGUGUUUCCAACAGUUGUUCGGAAUGGAGCCGUGGGUGUAAGCUCUUGUUUUGCAAGGAUAGGGACUAUGCUAGCUCCCUAUAUAGCAAAACUGGGCACAGUUGGUGUAGGCAGUUAUGGGAAAGCUAUCCCUCUAAUUGUGUUUGGAGCUUGUUCGAUCACGGCUGGACUUUUUGCGUUAUUACUACCAGAAACAAUGGGUUGCCGACUUCCAGACACAAUAGAGGAAGCAGUGGACUUCAAAUUGUUACGAGAAGACCAAAACUCGAAAAGUGAGACUGAGGAGCUGAGAAGUAUGAUAGAAAACUAAAGUAGAUUCGACAUCUUACAAUUUACAUAAAUGCUACAUGAUUGAAACCUGAUUUAACAACUCACAAUUUGUGUAUAGGGUAUACUAGUAUUAUGUGUACUAUGUAAAGAAGUAGUUAGAUAUGCCUUAAGUUUCAAAUAUAGAAAUGCAUUAUGUACUAGUUGACCUUUGCCGGAUAUAUUCAUAUUAGCGAAAUGCAUGAUGUUUCAUUUUUGUGAGAUUUGCACAAAUGCUGUUUGAUGUUGUUACCACCAACAACCCUACGGUAGGGUGAUUGAAUUUGGUGGGAUAUUAAAUGCAAAAGAAGUUAUGUAGUAUGGCCGUGCGAUUACCACAGAUACACCAGCUUCUUCUGGCAUUAUGAUGAGAACACAGCAAUUAAUCGAUCACCUGAACAGAGGUCAUCUUUUUAGGUCAUUUAAAUAAAAGUCGGGUGUUUUACACUGAUCACAAUGACAACCUUUAUUGUGUUUUGGUUAUUUGCUUAGUCAUUUCCGUACAUGUGAACGGUAACACAGUUAAGAAUAUACACAUGUCCUUGGCAUUCUUAUAUAAUCAAAUAUUGAAAAUUAUGCAUUUUAUAAAUUUAUUGAGCUACUGGUACUCACCUUUCCAGGGUUUUGCCUUUCUUUUCUCCUGUUUUAGAUAUUUUCAGUCGCCUUCAGAAUUUCAAUACCCCAGAAAUGACGAGUCAUAUGAGGACGAAUAACUGCAUGAUUCAAUUUAUGUAUUUAUUAAUUUUUAUUUUCUUCUUCUUUUUCGAAAUUACAAUUUGUGUUGAAAGGUGCUUAUAUCUUGUGUGUCUUUUCGACAAUCCCUAGAAUGGCUUAUUAUAUAAAUUUAAGGUUUUAAAUUGAACAACUACAUAUUAGUCUAACUUGGAGCCAAAACGCUUAUUUAUUAUUAUUUAUUAUUAAAUGGACUGUUUUGAUUUUUU